AUGACCAUCUUCAACAUGACAGGCAGUACUAUCUCUAAGGUUCCUACUAUGUUGGUGUGUAUCAUGGCUUGGCAAUCCAUUUGGACAGAAAUUUUUGUUACCGCAACAUCUUUCAAGAUGUUAGAAAGUUCAAGCCAGAAAUUCCAUCAGGGUUUCACGUAUCUCAUUGGGAAACUCAUGGGUUUGGCAUUCACUAUUUAUAAGUGCCAGUCUAUGGGACUGUUGCCUACACAUGCAUCAGGUGAAUUAGCCUUCAAUUGA